AUGCACGCAAAACUUUUCAUCGUGAUUAUUGCAGUUUAUGCAGUUACUGCUAACGAAGUUGGAAUCUUGCAUCAAGAAGCCGAAAUCAAUCAAGAUGGUUCUUACAAAUUCAAUUACGAAAGCGAAGAUGGAACUAAAGUAUCUCAAACUGGUUCUUUGAAGAACGUGAACAACAAAGAUGUUCAAGUAGCUGAAGGCUCGUAUUCCUAUCAUGGUGAUGAUGGCAAAGAUGUCGUUGUUCAAUACAUCGCCGACGAAAAUGGAUACCGUCCAAUUGGAGACAAUAUUCCUGCAUCGAUUGUAAAGAAUUUGGAAGUUUUGGCUACCGCUAAACCACCAAAAGAUAAUUAA